AUGUAUCCGGAGGAUGGCCAGCCGUCCUUGAGGCAAUCAAAGUCAUGGUACGAGCUUUCCCCCACUGGGCUCCCUGUCGGCUCAGUAGUACCACAUGGCCGAUUGGAGCACUGGCUGCUCCGGCAUGAUGGUACAACUGUAAGAGACACUUUUGAGCCUGGAGGACCUCCAGAUGAACAUCAUCCAGCUCAGGAGGGCGGCAGCCAGGAAACCAACUUUCGCACAUGGGGUGGUGCCGGGAUUCUCACGGCAGCCCGUAUCAAUGCAAAUGCAAUGCGGGUGUGGUCCAUCUCUCUUGAGCCUGGAGCAGUGGAGCUCACCUGUGGAGCUCACCGUUUACUGAACCUGCUUGGUGGGCACCGCGAUCAGCGUUGCCUUGGGCGGCAGGGAUUGCACCAAGACUUUGUCUUUUCUCUGGGGCCCCUGCGUUUGGGCCCUUGA